ACCCUUACUAUAAUUCAUCAUACUACCAAAACCAAGAUUUAAGCGUCAUCUGAGGCAUUGGAGAAGCACCGAAAAAGCAUCCUUGGACGAAACUUGUGGAACAGAAGCAUACGUGCAACUGCAAGGCCGCAGCAACAGCUUCCUGCUAAAGCAAGGCUCUGCCCUUGAGAAGCUUCAUCCAGAAGAGCCAUAGCUGGUGCAGGGAAUUUACUUGCAAGAAACAUAGAUAUUCGCAGUAUAAAGGUGUUCCUGGAUCCUGCACAUGCCAUGACAACAAGGGGGCAAAAAAUAGCAGCAGGCAUUUGACAUGGAACCCAAACUCGCGGUCGCGGUGUUCGUCCUGUUCCUAGCGUUUGCAGCCUGUUCCGCGAACCACCACCGAGACCCCUCUGUCGUCGGAUACUCCCAGGAAGACCUCGCACUGCCCAGCAGCCUCUUCAGAUCCUGGUCCGUGAAGCACGGCAAGCUCUACGCCAGCCCGACGGAGAAGCUGGAGAGGUACGAGAUAUUCAAGCAGAACCUGAUGCACAUCGCGGAAACGAACAGGAAGAACGGGAGCUACUGGCUGGGCCUGAACCAGUUCGCCGACGUCGCCCACGAGGAGUUCAAGGCCAGUUAUCUGGGACUGAAGCGAGCACUGCCAAGAGCGGGCGCGCCACAGACACGCACCCCGACAGCGUUCAGGUACGCGGCCGCAGCCGCAGGCAGCUUGCCCUGGUCAGUCGACUGGAGGUACAAGGGAGCCGUGACGCCGGUCAAGAACCAGGGAAAAUGCGGGAGCUGCUGGGCCUUCUCGUCGGUGGCAGCAGUCGAAGGGAUCAACCAGAUCGUGACGGGCAAGCUGGUGUCGCUCUCGGAGCAGGAGCUGGUGGACUGCGACACCACGCUGGAUCACGGCUGCGAAGGGGGGACCAUGGACUUGGCGUUCGCUUACAUGAUGGGGAGCCAGGGGAUCCACGCCGAGGACGACUACCCGUACCUCAUGGAAGAAGGCUACUGCAAAGAGAAACAGCCCCAAGCUGACGUCGUCACUCUAACUGGAUUCGAGGAUGUCCCGGAGAACAGCGAGAUCAGCCUGCUGAAAGCGCUGGCCCAUCAGCCUGUCAGCGUCGGCAUAGCUGCAGGGAGCAGGGACUUCCAGUUCUACAGAGGGGGGGUGUUUGACGGGGCCUGCAGCGUCGAGCUCGACCAUGCGCUGACGGCCGUCGGGUACGGCUCAUCGUACGGCCAGAACUACAUCACCAUGAAGAACUCGUGGGGCAAGAACUGGGGGGAGCAAGGCUACGUCAGGAUAAAGAUGGGCACCGGGAAGCCGGAGGGUGUCUGCGGAAUCUAUACCAUGGCCUCCUAUCCCGUGAAAAAUGCAACACGCUGGGGUGCUUAAUAUUUUUGUAACGAGUUUGUUCGAAACUAUUCUUUUAAAUAUAUCCACAUGGCAAAAUGCCUUUUUUUUUA